CAAAAAUAAAACAUGAGAUGACACAAAUAGAGAUGAAAAGCACCAGAAACACCGCCACUUCCACCGUCGUCUAGGUGAUGAUUAGGAGAUGGUAACAAAAAAUGAUUAAUAGCGUCAGAGUCCAGAUCAGACAGUCCGCAUCCUUGAUGAUUCACAGGUUACCGCCUUCUCUUUCUUUUUUUUUGUUUCUUUUCUUUCCUUUUCUUUUCUUUCCUCACUUUUUUUUUGUCUUUCUUUUUUCGUUUUUCUUGUUUUUCUCCUUCAAGUCUCCAACCAAAUGGGACAAAAUGAAAACAGACAUGUGCUAACGCCAAUAUUAGCGACUCUGAAUCCUGCCGAUUGGGCAGGCGACAAAGCAACCCGGUGUGGUGCCCUCGGUUGAGACGUUCUGUUGAC